AUGUUAAAGCUCCUACUACUCUUGGCUCUCCUGCUCUCAUUUGGAUUCGCUUCAGCUUCGUCGGCCAUUCUCGCAGAUUUGGAAUUUCCAAUGGCCCUCAAGAAAGUUUCGUCGAUCCUGUCAAAAUCGCUGCAGACCAUGUCGUUGAAGCUUCCCUUACUGACAUCAUGCUUUGUUCAAGGCUCUUCUGAGGAGCCGUGGACAAGUGGAGAGAUGAGAGUGAAGGAACUGAGCAUGACACGAUAUGACAUUGAAGAAACCAAGACAAGGAUAAUUGAAAUGCUGUCUAGCGGUUCCCACAAGCUGUCUAUCUCCGAGACACGAAAUAGCCUCCACCAGCUGCUGUCAGCCAUGGACAUGCUGCACAAGAAGGAGAAUUUUGAAAGAGACCACCAAGCACAGCUUUUGCAACGCAUGAACUCAACUUGUGCCAAUUUGACGCGAGCAAACAACGUACUUCAAUGCAAAUUGGAGGAAGCUAAACGUGCAGAAGAAGAAGUAAGAAGAAACCUGGUGACUCUUUCGCAAGAAUUUUCUAUUGAAACUUCAAAUCGCGAGAAUAAGCUGAUGGAGCUCAAAGAGCUUGUAUCUGAUCUUGAGGUAAAACUUGGGGAAGAGACCAAGAAGGCUACAAGCGCCAAGGAGUCUCUAAAGCGUGAAAUGGAAACAAUCAAUGAGAUGAAAAAAGAGGCGGACAGCAAGGAAGCUCGCGCUCGUGGGCGCCUGGAUAGAUUGAGAGUCAUAUUGCAAGACAUGUCUAUUGAUUCCUUCGAGGAGAAAGUAGGCGAGGCUAAGAAGAUUCUUGAAGAGGUGCAAGAGAAGACCACGCGUUGA